AUGCCCCUCAUCCAGGAAUCCUACGACCAUCUCCCUUACGUCGAUACGGAGCUCUCAGCUGCGAGCCUGGUCGCAGCCAGACACGCUAUCAACGCCGACAUCAGAGCCGCGGGCGUAGACACCACAGACAUGCAUCCGGCGCUUAUACCAGCAGCCACGAAAUACACACCCACCUUUUCCGACUUCAUCACGCGCGAGCAUGCGCGCCUCGACGACCACCCUACGUCGAAGCUGUCUGGCGUUGAUUUGAAGCGCUAUGAGGAUCUCGAUGCGCCCGAGAGCACGACCCCGACUAGCGACGAGGAGAGGCCGGAGUUGCUGGAGCGGUGGAACAAGGCGCUGAAGCAGGCGUAUACGAGCUCGGAGUAUGUGCAGGGCAGGCUGACGCAGUUGGGGCUGUUGGAGAAGUUUGGGAAGAACGCUUGGUUGGUGGGUAACUCGCAGCUGGAGGAUAUACUCAAGGGCGUCGAGGCUGAGCUGGCGGGUUUGGGCAAGCAGCAGGAGGAGGUGGAGAUGGCGAGGAGGUCGCAGCAAGACAGCGCGGGUGCUGAGCUCAAGACGCUCGAGGAGACGUGGAAGAAGGGUGUAGGAAGAGUGCUGGAGACCGAAGUCGCGGCUGAAGGGUUGAAGCUGCAGAUUCUGGAGAAGCGAAGGGCAGGCGCAGUUUGA